AUGUCUAUUCGAAGUGUGCAUUCGCGACGUGAAGUUGACCCAUCGAUUAUCCUCCCAAUUCAAUACCGUACCGUAUCGUAUCAAAUCGAGGAAUCUAAACAGCAAGAUGUCGAGGCGCUAUCGAAGGCGAAAGACACGGCUACCAAGGAGCUAUCUUCACUUGAAUGGCACACAAUUUCAACUGACGAGGCUCUUCGUCGUCUCAGCGCAUCGAUGGCCGAAGGGCUCUCAAACGAACAGGUUACACGAAGACUGAAGGAGUACGGCCGAAAUGCUCCGUCGCCACCAAAGUCCGAUACAAUUCAAAAAUUCUUUGGGUAUUUCUUCAAGGGAUUUGGCCCCGUACUCCUAGUCGGAGCUAUUCUAGUUUUCGUCGCAUGGAAACCACUUGGCCAGCCGCCAUCUCUGGCUAAUCUGGCCCUAGGUAUUGUCCUUGUUGCAGUGUUCUUCAUCCAAGCUGCGUUCAAUAUGUUCCAAGACUGGAGUUCCUCACGAGUGAUGAGUUCUAUUAAAAGCAUGCUUCCCGAAGAUUCCAUGGUCCUCCGAGAUGGUGUACAGGCUUCUCUUGAUGCACAGGAUCUCGUCCCGGGAGAUAUCGUACUCAUCAAAGCAGGCAAUAAACUACCGGCUGACAUGCGCUUCCUACAAGUCUCUAGCGAUGCCAAGUUCGACAGAUCUAUCCUAACUGGAGAGUCCUUACCCCUUGCGGCGACGGUGAACUCAACUGAUGACAACUACCUCGAAACCCGUUGCAUUGGCUUGCAAGGUACUCACUGCGUCUCUGGAUCCUGUGUGGGGUUGGUUGUGGCAACUGGCGACCGCACGGUAUUCGGUCGCAUCGCUGCUUUGACAAACGAGCCUAAAUCCAAGAUGACUACAUUGGAAAAGGAGGUUCUAUACUUCGUUAUCAUCAUCUGCUCGAUUAUGCUUACUAUGAUAACUAUCGUGUUGAUUGUCUGGGGUGCAUGGCUGAAAAAGGUCCAUCCAGAUUGGAUCAACGUCCCGACACUGGUCGUCGACUGCGUUAGCGUAGCUAUCGCUUUCAUCCCCGAAGGUCUACCAAUCGCGUUAACAGCCGGCUUGACCAUCACCGCGAACCUGAUGCGGAAGCAUAAAGUUUUAUGCAAGUCAUUGAAGACAGUCGAGACCCUUGGUUCUGUCUCAGUGAUCUGCUCAGACAAGACAGGAACUCUUACCGAGAACCGAAUGACUGUUACUGAAUGUACUAUUGGAACCCACACUAUCACAAUCGAAGGGGCUGAAGACGAACUGGAAGGGAGCACGGCCCCAGCCAUCGCCGGCAUGGUGACAACAGGUGUAGGCCAAGUACGAGCUAUCGCUGGACUCUGCAACGCAGCUGAAUUCGAUGCCGCCACUAUGGAUUUACCUAUUGAGCAGCGUCGUGUUUUUGGCGAUGCGACCGAUCAGGCUGUCUUAAGAUUCUCUGAACGAUUCGGAUCCGUGCACCACAUGCGCCAAUGCUGGCAAAAGACGUACGAACUAGCGUUCAACAGUAAGAACAAAUUCAUGAUUCGAACGUUUUCCCUGUUUAGAAAAGAUUGUCUGAAAGCUACGUUGUCGGAGAGCGAAGCAGACAACUUCAAUAAGGGCGAUACUCUAUUAACCAUUAAAGGGGCUCCCGAUGUCCUAAUCGGCCGAUGUUCGUCGUUCGUUAAUAAUGCAGGAGAUGUACACCCCUUUGAUGAGGAAAUGCGGGUAACAUUUGAAAGAGUAAAAGACACAUAUAGCAGCCAAGGAAAACGAUGUCUUUUACUUGCCCGCAAGGUCAUACGGCAGGGUGAACUGCAGCAUCAGUCCGGGACGAGUCAAUUUGAAGACGAGAUAAUCGAACAGGCGAAAUCAGACUUAACUCUAGUUGGCCUUGUAGCUAUUGUCGAUCCUCUGCGCCCGGAAAUCCGUGAGGUGGUUUCUACAUUGCGCGGUGCUGGCAUAAGGGUGUUCAUGGUAACUGGCGACUUUGCUCUUACUGCCCUUGCUAUUGCUCAGGAUGCCGGUAUCAUUAGCAAUCCUACAUCCUUAGUCGACAAUGUUUCGUCGCUCCCCAGGGAGCAAGCAAGUAAUGGUAUCAAAUGCACAGACGCUCCUUCGUCAAUCCUCAUUAGCGGACCGGAGUUACUGAGCUUAAACGAGAACCAGUGGAAGGCUCUGACGGAGUAUGACGAAAUUGUUUUCGCUCGGACUACACCGGAGCAAAAGUUACGUAUCGUGAGGGAGUUUCAGACCAAUGGGGUUGUAGCAAUGACAGGCGAUGGCGUGAAUGAUGCGCCAUCUUUAAAAGCCGCUGAUGUUGGUAUUGCUCUUGGGAGUGGAUCCGACAUUGCGAUCGAAGCCGCGGAUAUGGUGCUUCUCGACUCUUUCUCUUCCGUCGUUGAAGCGGUUCAAUACGGUCGCGUGGUAUUCGAUAAUCUGAAGAAAGUCAUCUGCUACCUCUUACCCGCCGGUAGCUUCGCUGAAUUCUGGCCUGUCAUGACGAACGUCGUAUUCGGACUUCCCCAAAUCCUCUCAUCUUUUCUCAUGAUUAUCAUUUGUUGCUUCACUGACUGCGCUGCCGCAACGGUACUCUCGUACGAAAAACCGGAGGCUGACGUCUUGCUGCGAAAACCACGAAACGUUAAGAAGGACCGUUUGGUUAAUUGGCAACUCAUUAUUCAUGCCUACGGUGUUCUCGGAAUGAUCGAAACUAUCGCUUCUUUCGCGAUGGCUUAUUGGUAUCUAGAGAAGAAUGGUAUACCCUUUCGUGUGUUAUGGUUCUCUUUCGGGAACCUCCCGGAUUGGAUUGACCCAGACUACUAUGCCACCAAAUUAAAUGAAGCUUCUUCUAUUUACUUCGUCAAUCUAGUCGUCAUGCAAUGGUUCAAUUUGCUCGCCGUUCGUACGCGACGAUGGAGCAUAUUUCAGCAUCCUCCCGCCUUCAACAAGACCACUCAAAACCUUUAUCUUUUCCCAGCGAUCGCAUUCGCCCUGUCCAUGGCCGUUCUCUGGCUGUAUAUUCCACAGCUCCAGUCGGUUUUGGGCACAUCCCCGGUCCCUGUGGAACAUUGGUUCUUGCCUUUUGCUUUUGGCCUGUUCAUUAUGUUAUUUGACGAAGGGCGCAAAUUUCUCGUGCGAAGAUAUCCUAACGGAAUAGCCGCAAAAUUAGCCUGGUAA